GAAAAUCCAAAUGCUUUCUGGAAAUUUGGUUGAAACAGAAACAAAAUGGUGACGAUGUUAGUUAUGGUAGUGUUGUCAUUUUCAGUUAUAUGUGAUUUUCUGGACUUUGUGUAAAUUUCGACAAUUAUAAGAUUUGCAGUGACAAUCCCAAAGGAAAUACAUCCUGAGCAGUAAAUCACUUGACGUAUAAUGACUACACCUCAAGGAAAAGUUAGAGGGCGACCACCUAAAAACAAAAUAUGCACAUGGUGUGCCGAGAGUAGACAACCGCUGAAGUACAUUCUGCCAACCCAGCACGGGAAGAAAGAGUUCUGUUCUGAGACUUGUCUCUCAGAGUUCCGGAAAGCUUAUAAUAAGGGGGCCUGCAGCCAGUGUGACAAUGUGAUCCGGGGCUCUCCUGUCCGCUUCGAGCAACCUGACUCCAGGCACAAAGAUUUCUGCAGCACCUCUUGUCUCAACAAGUUCCAGAAAGAUUCCAGUGUGGACCAGAAAAGAGUGAGUGCGAAUGGUGAAAAGUCUCCUGUGGGCACAACUACCACUCCCCCCUCCCCUAGCCCUUCUACCCCCACUCUCGGUCCACUAGUACAGUCCACCUUCAGCUUUGACUGGGAGUCCUACCUCAAGGAAACCACCAGCAUUGCAGCUCCUCCCGACUUCUUUAAACAGCAUCUGGUGCCGCCAAACAAUGAGUUCAAGAUUGGAAUGAAGCUAGAGGCAUUGGAUCCACGUAACCUGACCUCGACCUGCAUCGCGACUGUGGUAGGAGUGCUCGGGCCUCGGUUGCGGCUACGGUUGGACGGCAGUGACAACAAGAAUGACUUCUGGAGGCUUGUCGACUCCAAUGAGAUCCACCCCAUCGGCCACUGCGAGAAGAAUGGAGGAAUGCUGCAACCUCCUUUAGGAUUCCGAAUGAAUGCCUCGUCGUGGCCCAUGUUCUUACUGAAGACACUUAAUGGUGCGGAGAUGGCACCGGCCAAGAUAUUCAAGAAAGAACCGCCCACACCCAGGUCCAACAUGUUCCAGGUCGGCAUGAAGCUGGAGGCUGUGGACAAGAAGAAUCCCCAGCUGAUAUGUGCUGCCACCGUGGGAGCUGAGAAGGGAGAGAUGAUACACGUGACGUUUGACGGGUGGAGAGGUGCAUUCGACUAUUGGUGUAGGUACGACUCCAGAGAUAUCUUCCCUGUGGGCUGGUGUGCCAAGAGUGGACAUCCACUGCAGCCUCCAGGCCAGAAGAUUGCCAGUGGAGCCAGCAGGUUCAAGACCCGGGUGUGCGGUCUUCCUCCCACCCCUGGUGCUGGGGAUCUGUCUCCUCCUCCAAUGCCGGUCACCCCCACUCCAGCAGAUCCUGUGUCCUCCACCACUCAAAAGCAGCCAGUCACGACUACUCUGUAUGUGAACCCUGGGUGUUGGUGUGGACCAUACCUGGACCCGCGCAAGGUGUCCCAGUUGCCGCUACAGUUUGGCCCGGCCACCAUGAGUCGAGUACUGCGCGAGUCCGUUCAGAGCCUUGUACACUGCGCCCUCGAUGAGAAGCAGAUCUUCGGCAUACUGCGCCAAGGCGAUGGGAAAGUCAUCAUCACAGCUACGUUUGAGGGCAAGACUGUGACGGUGAGGCUGCCACUGAUAGAGAAGCCGGAGGAGCUGAGCAGUUUCCUGGAGAUUCUGCUAGAAGAGCUGAUGUGCUGCGAGCAGCUGUUCACCUCCCAGAUCCUCAACUCUCCGUGUACCAAGUGUCCCAACGCCAACGGUUCCCUCAUGAAAGCUGAGAUGAGUGAAGCAGUAGCUGGUAGUGGGGCCAGCACCAGCAGUAGUAGCACCAGUGCUAGUGGAGCCACCAAGCGGCGGUGUUCUGCAGAGAGUUCGUCCGACAGCCCCGCUCCGGCCCCCGCCACCUCCUCCCCCUCCCCAUCACCUUCUCCUGCUCUCGUUUUACCCCACUCUGCGGCCAAGCAGCCUCGCAAACCUGUCGAGCAAGAGGCUGCAACGUCGACAACGCCAUCAGAAGGACCGCCCAAGUUGCCGGCGGACCCCUCCGAGUGGACUAUAGAAGACGUUAUCGCCCACAUCUCCUACACCGACCCUGCGCUGUCUGUCCAUGCCGAUCUCUUCAGGAGACAUGAAAUCGAUGGGAAAGCACUGCUUCUGCUCAACUCGGACAUGAUGAUGAAGUACAUGAACUUGAAGCUGGGGCCGGCACUGAAGAUCUGCAACCUGGUGAACAGGAUCAGACACAACGGGCGGCGGCACUUCCUUCUGUGAUACCACUCCUAGAGAGGCCUCUGCCCACUUGUCAGAGCCGGCAUGUACCUGAAACGGUGGGUUGGACUCCUACCCAAGAUAGGCUGUUGAUCUUCGUUUACCCAAGUAAUUUAAUGUGUUGAGACUGAGUUGGCCUUGUACAAGGCAGCUGUUGUCUAUGUAUUAUCUGUACAUAGCCUUAUACAGAUCACUGUUGUAACCUCCGAGUCUCACCCACUCAUCCUCAUGGUUAUGCAUAUUUAUUUGUUAUGUACAUUAUAGUUCGUUUUCUCUAUUUUUGAGUUUAUUAGCGUAAUGAUUAUUGUCAAUGUUAACAGUCAAAUUCGAUCUAUUUGAUUUUCUAUCUGUGGGUCACAAAAUUUCACUCGAGGAAGGCACACGUUUUUUAUUGUAAAAAUUCAGGUUAACACAAAACUUACUAA